AUGGCGGAGGUGCAGCAGCUCCCGGUGCAGGAGGCGGUGAACUCUAUGGUGAAAAGUGUGGAGCGGGAGAACAUCCGGAAAAUGCAGGGCCUCAUGUUCCGGUGCAGCGCCAGCUGCUGUGAGGACAGCCAGGCUUCCAUGCAGCAAGUGCACCAGUGCAUUGAACGCUGCCAUGCCCCGCUGGCUCAAGCCCAGGCCUUGGUGACCAGUGAGUUGGAGAAGUUCCAGGACCGUCUGGCCCGGUGUACCAUGCACUGCAACGACAAAGCCAAAGAUUCAAUAGAUGCUGGGAGUAAAGAGCUUCAGGUGAAGUGGCAGCUGGACAGUUGUGUGACCAAGUGUGUGGAUGACCACAUGCACCUCAUCCCAACUAUGACCAAGAAGAUGAAAGAGUCUCUCUCAUCCAUUGGGAAAUAA